GGAGGCUACAAGUAGUGGAACGGACGGUUCGAGCUCGCUGAUCUUCGGCUGUGCUCGAUGAAAGCUUCUACUCGAUAUCAGUUCAAUAAUUGUCAUUUGUAGAAGCCAUUGAGAAGUUACCCGAUCGAAGUAUACGUCGACGAGAAGGGACGUCCACUUCCGACUGCGAGUUUCAGAUAAAAGCGAACAGCUGAUUGACCGUCGAAGGAGUUUGUCCGUCAGAACCGAUGCCGUACGUUUUGAUUUCAACUCAAAUUCGAUUGGAGAAUGGGCCGACGAUCGUGGGCGAUGCUGACUCCGACCCGGAACUGAUGGAGUUUCUCGGCGCUCGUCGAAUCCGCCAACUCGGUAACAACUUUUUCGAAUACAGCUCCGCGUCACCUCCUCGUAAGGUGCUCAACAAACUUGAGGAAAAGGGAUAUCACGUUGUUGCCAUGACCGGAAUCGGCCAAACUUGUGUCUGGACCCUACACAGGAGUGGGUAGCUGAUUGUGGAAUAUGUGCGGAGGAUAUCCGUGGAAGUGUGGAACAACAAGCCCUCAG